AUGGCCGACCUCUUGAAGAACCUCUUGGGAGGCGCCAAGUCAACGGCUUCUUCAGUAGCCUCUGCCGAUGGUACGUGUUGACAUCUACCGCCUCGUUGCGACUCUCCCGCGCAGACCUCCGAGGGAUGCAAUUCUAUGCGAUUCUGUGCACGAUGUCGUUGGGAGAUACCGGCUGACGAUAUACAGACUUCGCAGACUUCGCGACCGCCGCCUCCCCUGUGCCUCCGAGCCAUGCCGCUUCCUCUGCCUUUCCCGAUGCCGCGUCAACUUCGAGACCCUCCUUCGGCGCCGGAAUGGGCCUCGCUGGCAGACCAUAUACCAAGUGGUACCGAGUCUGGGAGCGCGUAGCCAUUGACGACUUCUACCAGGAAAUGGUCAUCGUCCCCAUCUUGCUCGUCAUAAUACUCGUCAACAUCUGGGGAGCAUCUGCCAACAAGCGGCGCGCAAAGCAAUGGGCCAAGACCCACCUCCCCCUUCUCCAGAGCGAGUACGCUAGUGUGGGCAUGGGAGGCCGAAAAUCGAAGAGUCAGAGUGGCCAGGACAUACCGGAUGAUUUCUACAAGGAGCAGAGCAAGAAUGAGUACAUCAGCUAUGCUACUGGGAGACAGAACGUCGCAUGGCUGGACAUCAAGCUCUCGCUUUACAAGCGCUACAAUCCCGUCGUCUGGUUCGGGGAGACCGCUGCCUCCUUCUUGUUCGACAGCAUGCCUGCGCCCGUGGAGAGGCUUGAAGCCACUGCGUACUCUUUCGACGGCAAGGAGAAGGCCGUCGUCCCCAUGAAGAGCCAGGGCGCAUCUGCACUUGGAACUAAGGACAGCACCUACGAUGGAUUUGUCUUUGCCAUCGUGCACAAAGAUAAGAUGAAGCAACUCAGAGUGGACCGUUACGACAUAAGCUUGACGAGCACAAAAGACCACCCCAAGCUGCCUCACUGGGCAACAAUCAUGUCGGAAGCCUCCGAGGUGACCGAAGCCAUGCUCACACCGGAGUUGGUCAAGGCUGUAACAGAUGCUGGCGAGGAUCUCGAGGCGUUGAUCAUAUCCGACCAACCAAUCGAUGCUCCAAAGAAGCUCAACGACACCGUUCCAAAGAAGCGAGUCUACCUCGCCAUGCGCGUCAAUGACACACCAGCCAACGCACGCCUUUUCUCCGUCUUCUUAAGGCUACCGGAUCAUUUGGUAACUAGCGCUCACUUCCGCCCCGAGGCUAUGCGGAAAAUCAGAGCCACCCGCGAGGAAGAGCAAAAGAAGCUCCGCAAGAUCGACGAAGAAGAGAAGGCCGAGGAGAGAAGAUUGGCGAGCGACAAGCUCAAGAAGGAGGAGCGGGAUCGCAAGCUGAGUAAGAUGACGGCGGAUGAGCAAAGAAAGUUCCUCGAAAAGGAAAAGGAGAAGCAGCAGCGAAAAGGAAUGAAGAAGCAGACUAUGAGAGGCUAG